UCACCCUUGCACAAACCACACCACCGUUCGGCGGACGCCGACUACCACCAACCGCAACCGCGUUUCGAGACGAACAAUUUCACCCCCAUCGGGUCGGGUCGAUCGCAUCAACAUUAUACUAUUACUAUUAUCAUCAUCAUUACAAUAGCUCCGUUGUUUUGAGCGUUUACGCAUAAUAUGUCCGUCCGAAUGGUCGAAUUUUGACGACGUACUAUCGACUAUGAUUAUAGUGUAUAACAACAGACUAGUACAACCACUGCGAACAACGGAACGAAACGCAACCCGACGACAACGACCGUCAUCGCUGCCACCGUCGUCGUAGCGGACCGGUCGGCGAUCGUCACUCCACAGUCGUGACUCGUCAGUCAGUCGGUCGACGUCGGAUGGUUAUGYGCGUUUCGUUACCCGUAGUCCACGCUCAACACACUGCACGCGUUUUCGUUUGUACCACGACGACGAAUAACUCUUCUUCUCACUCACUCGGAUACAAACUCUCUCUACUCUUUUCUUAUCGCUUAUCCUCACUUUUUUUUUGCUACGGUCCAUUCUUGUAUCCCGACCAUACGUGUCUUUCCAUUCUGUUAACAAACAUAUCAUCGUCUUGUCGAAUCGAUUGUAUUUUUUUUCCUAUAAGUGCUGACUGUAUAAUGUUAUAGUGACAAAGUUUGUUUUUAAAUUAUUUAAAUACAUAUUUUGGUUUUUAUUAAUUACUUACUUAUAUCUGAUAUCUACGUAUUUAUCUACUAAUCAUCAUCGGAUUCAACAAAUUUCGCGUCGGGUGARGUACUUAAUUACACCAGAACGGCACUCGCACUCUCAGGAUUACCGGAAGGGACGCCGGUACAACGAUCAAUGAGCUCGACCUAUCGGCCAGCGAGGAUUGGACGAACUCCCAGAAAAAAGAUUCCUCAACGAAUACGAAUUCAAUUUUUUUUACCGUUUGGUAAAAUUGAGUACCAAUUACAAGAUUAAUAAAGGAUACGUUAUUAUUUUUCAACAUGAGUGCAAACGAAAAGAGACACAGGGCCGAACCCAGCUCAUCGAUGGAUCAUGCGAAUAUUACUGCUGAAAGCAGUAAAUCCACAAAUGAAGUGAAUCGAGACGCAAACGAUCUAGAUGAAGAGAUGGAACGUGUAUUUGCUGGUGUUUCCAGUGGAGCCGAUGCUAACCGAUUUGGUUUGUCCAGAUUUUCUAGCGAUCGGUCGCCUCGGCCUGGGGAUAGGCGAUUUAGUGAAGAUGAUUAUACUGUUCAUCGAAAUAACAGCCGAUCGCUCGUUCACAUACCACUAAAAUCUAUCCCAAAAUCCAUAAGGAAACAAUCUACUACAUCAAUUAAAUCAAGAGAUCAAGAKACGGAAUUUAAGAGGACUGAUGAUCAUAGAGAUGUAACAGAUUCUGAUAGUGCAAUGAGCCCGCCAACCAUAAGUCAGCAAACGUCCAGCAACAGCGGCGCGUUACUUUCCAUGACUGCUGGCGUUAGUCCAAACUUUGUAGACAUUGAAUCAGAUGGUUCGAGGGUCGAAGACGGACUUUUGAGUAGUGAAUGUGAUACUCCUAUGUACGAAAAACCAAAAUUCAGUCACUAUUUCCGACAGGACUCCGUGGACAAACACGUUCAGUUUAACAUUGAUGAGAAAAAUGAAGAAGAAGCUUACAAUGAACAUAGAGAACUUGGUAAAAAUGCACAAGAAGAACCACUUCAAGAACUUAAGAAAAAGAAACGUAAACACAGACAUCAUCAUCGUCAUCAUAGUCGACAUAGGAAUAAUGAACGAGACAUUUUUAUACCAAAGGAUGAUUUACAAAUCGAUGAAAAUUUAGAUGAGUUCAUUCAAGACGAUUUAACAAGUCAUCGAUACGACUGCAAUAAAGAAAAACGGAGAUUCAGCGGCAAAAAUAAAAGUUCCUUUUUGGUUCCGUACGCUGGAGAUAUAGAGGGGAAUUUAAUCACAGGCUUGCCAAUAAAAGUGAUUAAGAAAUACGUAGAUCAUAGUCCUCAUGCGGUUUUUGUUCAACUAGACGAGUUAAAAGGUACUGGAGAAGAACGGGAAUGGAAAGAAACUGCUCGGUGGAUAAAGUACGAGGAAGACGUGCAAGAAGGCACGGACAGAUGGGGACGUCCACACGUGGCGUCUUUGAGUUUCCAUUCAUUGUUGAACGUGCGGAGAUCUUUGGAGUCAGGUGUGAUUUUACUGGACUUGGAAGAAAAAGAUCUACCUGGUGUUGUAUAUCGGGUGGUUGAACAAAUGGCUAUCGAGGAACUUAUUAACCUAGAAGACAAAUCUGCGGUCAUGAGAUUGUUGUUGCUUAGACAUAAACACGUUCAACAAGACAGCGACAAGUUUAGUAGGUUUAUUAGACGAAAUACAUCCAGCUACACAAGUCUUACGCAAUUUGAGGCAGAAUUUCUGGCUAAGCGGUCGGCAUCACUUACACACAAUAAUCUGAAUGACGAUGGAAAGUCAAAAAUGAAAAGUACUGUUUCGAGUCAUGAAAUGCAUUCAAGCCCUAAAUUUGGAUUUAACAAUAACAACAACAAUCGAUCUUUCCUAGACUUGGAUAAAAAUCAUAUUAAUAUUGAUAUGAAAGAAGAGACUUAUACCUCAUCAACCGAAGACAUGGUGAAAAGAGCUCAAAAGGAAAGUAUUCUUAAACGAAUACCAAUUGGUGCUGAAGCUACUACGGUGUUAGUUGGUUCUGUAGAUUUUUUAAAAAAAAGAACUGCAGCUUUUGUACGUUUAGCUGAAGGUAUUGUAAUACCUUCAUUGACUGAAGUUACAAUACCAGUACGAUUUAUGUUUAUACUUUUGGGUCCUCCUGAUCCAAAGGAUAUCGAUUAUCAUGAAGUUGGAAGAUCGAUGUCAACUUUAAUGUCAAAUUCUGAAUUUCAUUGCAAAGCGUACAAAGCGGCAGAACGUAAAGAACUGAUAAGUUUACUGAACGAGUUUCUCGACAGCAGUAUUGUAUUGCCACCAUGUGAUUGGGAAAGAGAAGAAUUACUAUCUUUACGAGAACUCAAGGAAAAAAGCGAACAGAUCAAGAGGCGUAAAACACGCGCAGCUUCACAAAAAGUCGCGACCUUAACUUCAAUUUCAAGUGAAAAGAGCGACGAUAACAAAGAUGACCCUUUGAGACGGACCAAAAAACCUUGGGGAGGUUUAGUGAAGGACAUUAGACGUCGAUUACCGUACUACAAAUCCGACUUCAUUCAAGGGUUAAAUUUACAGUGUAUAGCAUCUGCAAUAUUCAUAUACUUUGCUGCUCUGUCAGCAGCAAUCACAUUUGGUGGUCUUAUGGCGGAUAAAACCAAAAAUUUCAUCGGGAUAUCAGAAACUUUAGUUGCCACAUCUGUUUCUGGUGUCAUAUUCUCCCUGUUUUCUGGACAGCCGUUAUUGAUAGUAGGAACUACUGGACCUUUAUUGCUCUUUGACGAAGCAUUAUUUAUUUUUUGUCGCAGUAACGACAUUGAAUUCUUACCUAUGAGAGUUUACAUUGGCAUAUGGUUGGUAAUCAUUGCACUAAUUGUUAGUUGCGUCGAAGGCAGUGUKCUAGUAAAAGUAUUCACAAGGUUUACGGAAGAAAUUUUUGCGUCACUCAUAUCGCUAAUUUACAUAUGGGAGAGCUUAUCAAAAUGCUUUAACGUAUUUAUCAAACAUCCGCUAUUACCAUUGAAGGAGUAUUGUAAAGAAAAUAAUUUGUCAGGCAGUGAAAAUUACAUUUCUCUCUCAAACUCUACUUCCUAUAAUUCUACAUACAACGAUACAGAAUUGUUUAACCCAAUAGAUCAUCAACCUAUGAUCACAAAGCAGCCAAAUACUGCACUACUGUGCACUAUCUUAGCACUGGGAACAUUUUUCGUUGCUUAUUACCUUCGACAUUUCAGAAAUAGCAAAUUUCUUGGAAGAAAUAUUCGUAGAGCGUUGGGUGAUUUUGGCGUGCCCAUAGCCAUUAUAUCGAUGGUAGCCGCUGACUAUUUCAAUUCAACUACUUAUACAGAAAAGCUCAAAGUUCCUGAAGGUUUGACKCCGUCGGAUCCAACAGCACGUGGGUGGUUCAUAUCACCCAGCGGAUUAAAAAGUCCCGUUGAACCCUGGGUGCCUUUCGUUGCAAUUGUGCCGGCCAUACUCGUCUAUAUUCUCAUGUUUAUGGAAACCCAUAUCAGCGAGCUAAUUAUUGCCAAAAAAGAACGCAAACUUCAGAAAGGUAGCGGGUUUCACUUGGAUAUCGUACUAGUAAAUUGCAUCAAUCUGAUGUGCGGCGUGAUUGGUGCUCCAUGGAUGAGCGCCGCGACUGUCAGGUCCGUUGCUCAUGUGUCAUCACUAACAGUGAUGAGCCGAACUCAUGCUCCCGGUCAAAAGCCUCAUAUCAUCGAAGUAAAAGAGCAAAGAGUCAGCUCUCUUUUAGUGUCCGUAAUGGUUGGUUGUUCAGUCGUCAUGUCUCCUUUACUGCGAUUGAUUCCAAUGGCUGUACUUUUUGGCGUAUUUCUGUACAUGGGAAUAUCGUCCAUAGAUGGUAUACAGUUUUUCGAACGUCUCAAAUUAGUUUUCAUGCCUGUGAAACAUCAUUCAGAAGCACCGUACGUUCGCCAUGUACAGACAUAUAAAAUGCAUCUAUUCACUGGAAUUCAACUCGUAUGUUUAUGUAUUUUGUGGAGCGUUAAGUCGUCAUCAUAUUCUUUGUUUUUUCCGUUUUUYUUAAUCAUGAUGAUUCCUGUUCGAUCUCAACUAUGUGAUAAAUUAUUUACUACAAAAGAAUUACGAGCACUGGACAGUAACGAGCCCACCAACAUGGCUAAUGACGAAGAUGAACCCGACUUCUAUGCUGAAUCUCGACUACCGGGAUAGUAAUAUUUUAUUGACUGUCGUAAUACACUUUUUUCUUUCUUUAAUUCAUGUUUUGUUUAUUAAAAUGUUGUGACAAUUUACGUUCGACAACAUACCUAAUAUGGUUUGGAAAAAUAUCGCAUGUUUGACUUUAUUAUGCUUACAACUGAAACUUUUACAUAAAUCAGAUAACAAUUUUAAAUAUCCCCAAUCUUUCAGAACAUUUUUUUCUACUGUACAUAUAUCAUUACUUAAAUAUUGA